GGCUGGGAGCAGUGGCUUGUGCCUGUGAUCCCAGCACUUUGGGAGGCCGAGGCAGGCGGAUCACUUGAGGUCAGGAGUUUGACACCAGCCUGGCCAACGUGGCGAAACCCUGUCUCUACUAAAAAUACAAAAAUUUGCCAGGCGUGGUGGCAUGUGCCUGUAAUCCCAGCUACCGAAGAGGCUGAGACAGGAGAAUGGCUUGAAUCCCGGAGACGGAGAUUGCAGUGAGCAGAGAUCGCGCCAUUGCACUCCAGCCUGGGCGACAGAGUGAGACUCCAUUUCAAAAAAAAAAAAAUCUUUAGAGAACAUUCCUACUCAGGCCUUUGAAUGAAGUUUCUUUUAGCAGGCCUUCCCACCUCACAGGGAACAGUGGGACUCAAACAGCAGGAGCAGGAGAAGGAGAAAGCAAGAUAUGGAAAGGAGGAGUAAACACCGGUAGAUUUAUUGGCUCCUGUGGCCCUCUCUUCCUCUCUGGAGUCGCAGUUCUUGCUUUGGACCUCCUCGGUCCUAUCAAUGAGCUGAGCAAUGUCCCUGUUCCUGUCAUGCUAAUGCCAGAUGACUUCAAAGCCUACAGCAAGAUCAAGGUGGACAAUCAUCUCUUCAAUAAGGAGAACCUGCCCAGCCGCUUUAAGUUUAAGGAGUAUUGCCCCAUGGUGUUCCGAAACCUUCGGGAGAGGUUUGGGAUUGAUGAUCAGGAUUACCAGAAUUCAGUGACGCGCAGCGCCCCCAUCAACAGUGACAGCCAGGGCCGGUGUGGCACGCGUUUCCUCACCACCUACGACCGGCGCUUUGUCAUCAAGACUGUGUCCAGCGAGGACGUGGCAGAGAUGCACAACAUCUUAAAGAAAUACCACCAGUUUAUAGUGGAGUGUCAUGGCAAUACCCUUUUGCCACAGUUCCUGGGCAUGUACCGCCUGACCGUGGAUGGUGUGGAAACCUACAUGGUGGUUACCAGGAACGUGUUCAGCCAUCGGCUCACUGUGCAUCGCAAGUAUGACCUCAAGGGUUCUACGGUUGCCAGAGAAGCGAGCGACAAAGAGAAGGCCAAGGACUUGCCAACAUUCAAAGACAAUGACUUCCUCAAUGAAGGGCAGAAGCUGCACGUGGGAGAGGAGAGUAAAAAGAACUUCUUGGAGAAACUGAAGCGGGAUGUUGAGUUCUUGGCACAGCUGAAGAUCAUGGACUACAGCCUGCUGGUGGGCAUCCACGACGUGGACCGGGCAGAGCAGGAGGAGAUGGAGGUGGAGGAGCGGGCAGAGGACGAGGAGUGUGAGAAUGAUGGGGUGGGCGGCAACCUACUCUGCUCCUAUGGCACACCUCCGGACAGCCCUGGCAACCUCCUCAGCUUUCCUCGGUUCUUUGGUCCUGGGGAAUUCGACCCCUCUGUUGAUGUCUAUGCCAUGAAAAGCCAUGAAAGUUCCCCCAAGAAGGAGGUGUAUUUCAUGGCCAUCAUCGAUAUCCUCACGCCAUACGAUACGAAGAAGAAAGCUGCACAUGCUGCCAAAACGGUGAAGCAUGGGGUGAGUCCUCUCCAUCUUCAUCCAGGGCCCAGCUGCGUCGGUGUGUCUGUGCUUGCCCUCAGACCCCAGGGAGGGCAGUCUCAAGCCUCCUGCUCCAAGGAACACACUCCUGUCCCCUUUUUCCCAGGAGAGCAGACUGGAAGAGCAGCCUGCCUGCCUUGCCAUGUUCCCUGCCUUCACCCACCCGCUCCCUGCCAGGCUGGGCCCAGUUUGUUUAUCCCCCAGUUCUCCAGCCCUCGGGGCCAAGCCCGCCAGCGUCUUUCCCCAGGGCCUGCUGGGCCUGUUGUGCAUCUUGUUGAAGGGCGAGUAACAGCUUUGUUUCCAUGCCCAUACUGCUCCCCACAGGCCUGUUUCCCUGUGGUCCUGAAGCCCUGUUCUCCAUGUAGUGGCCCCCACAGAGAUCCAGAGCCGCUUUGCCACCUCCCCACUGCCUUUCUUCUACUUCGGUGCAGGCCUGGGGUUAUAAAUCACAGGAGUGGGGCCAGGACAGUUCAGGACUUGUAUGCCACUUCCUGAGGUGGUCUGCUCAGUCUUGGUGGGGUCGGGGGUGGUAUUCAGCUCUGAUACUGAGUAAGAAGCUUCUGAAUACCCUGGCUCCUCCCAGGUACAGCCUCCUGAUUGGGUCACAGGAACUCAACCUGAAUCAGCCUCUUGUGUAUUACAGGCAGGGGCCGAGAUCUCGACUGUGAACCCUGAGCAGUACUCCAAACGCUUCAACGAGUUUAUGUCCAACAUCCUGACGUAGUUCUCUUCUACCUUCAGCCAGAGCCAGAGAGCUGGAUAUGGGGUCGGGGAUCGGGAGUUAGGGAGAAGUGUGUAUUUGGGCCAGAUGGGAGGGUGGGAGCAAAGUCGGGUUUGGGAGGGCUUUAGCAAUGAGACUGCAGCCUGUGACACCGAAAGAGACUUUAGCUGAAGAGGAGGGGGAUGUGCUGUGUGUGCACCUGCUCACAGGAUGUAACCCCACCUUCUGCUUACCCUUGAUUUUUUCUCCCCAUUUGACACCCAGGUUAAAAAGGGGUUCCCUUUUUGGUACUUUGUAACCUUUUAAGAUAACCUUGGGGCUAGAGAUGACUUCGUGGGUUUAUUUGGGUUUUGUUUCUGAAAUUUCAUUGCUCCAGGUUUGCUAUUUAUAAUCAUAUUUCAUCAGCCUACCCACCCUCCCCAUCUUUGCUGAGCUCUCAGUUCCCUUCAAUUAAAGAGAUACCCAGUAGACCCAGCACAAGGGUCCUUCCAGAGCCAAGUGCUAUGAUGCCAUAUUGGAGAGGUCAGAUACCUCGCCCUGCUGCAUUUGCUCUUGUCUGGAUUAACUUUGUGAUUUUAUGCAGUAUUGUGCACGACUUCCUCCACCUUUCCCUUGGAUUCAAGUGAAAAAUGUUGCAUUAUUCCUCCAUCCUGUCUGGAACACACCAGGUCAACAUCAGAGAUCUCAGAUCAGAAUCAGAGAUCUCAGAGGGGAAUAAGUUCAUCCUCAUGGGAUGGUGAGGGGCAGGAAAGCGGCUGGGCUCUCGGACACCUGGUUCUCAGAGAACCCUGUGAUGAUCACCCAAGCCCCAGGCUCUCUUAGCCCCUGGAGUUCAGAAGUCCUCUCUGUAAAGCCUGCCUCCCACUAAGUCAAGAGGAACUAGAGUACCUUUGGAUUUAUCAGGACCCUCAUGUUUAAAUGGUUAUUUCCCUUUGGGAAAACCUCAGAAACUGAUGUAUCAAAUGAGGCCCUGUGCCCUCGAUCUAUUUCCUUCUUCCUUCUGACCUCCUCCUAGGCACUCUCACUUCUAGCCGAACUCCUAGCUCUGGGCAGAUCUCCAAGCGCCUGGAGUGCUUUUUAGCAGAGACACCUCCUUAAGCUCCAGGAUGACCUUGUAGGAGAUCUGUCUCCCUGUGCCUGGAGAGUUAUAGCCAGCAAGGUGCCCCCAUCUUAGAGUGUGGUGUCCAAACAUGAGGUGGCUUCCUAGUUACAUGAGGAUGUGAUCCAGGAAAUCCAGUUUGGAGGCUUGAUGUGGGUUUUGACCUGGCCCCAGCCUUGGGGCUGUUUUUCCGUGUUGCCCCGCUCUAGACUUUUAGCAGAUCUGCAGCCCACGGGCUUUUUUGGAAGGAGUGGCUUCCUGCAGGUGUUCUACCUGCCUUCGGAGCCUGCCACCCAGGCCCUCAGAACUGAGCCACAGGCUGCUCUGGCCAGGAGAGAAACAGCCCUGUUGUUCUGCAUUGGGGGAGGUACAUUCCUGCAUCCUCUCACCCCCUCAACCAGGAACUGGGGAUUUGGAGUGAGAUAUGGUCAAACUUGCAGAUAACCCCAAAGACGUGAAGAUCGCUUGUGAAACCAUUUUGAAUGAGUAGACUGGUUUCCUGUGGCUCCCUCCAGACCUGGCCAAGCCCAGCUUCCGAAGCAGGAACCAGCACUGUCUCUGUGCCUGACUCACAGCACACAGGUCAGGAAGGCAUGGAGACGGCAUUCUUGGACUUCACUGGGGCUGCUGGAUUGGAUGGGAAACCUUCUGGAAGAGGCAGAUGGGGGUCAAACCACUGCCUUGGCCCCAGGAAGGGGCCAUAGGUAGGUCUGAACAACUGCCGCAAGACCACUACAUGACUUAGGGAAUUUGAAACCAACUGGCUCAUGGAGAAAACAAAUUUGACUUGGGAAAGGGAUUAUGUAGGAAUAAUGUUUGGACUUGAUUUCCCCACGUCAUAACGAAGAAUGGAAGUUUGGAUCUGCUCCUCAUCAGGCGCAGCAUCUCUGAAGCUUGGAAAGCUGUCUUCCAGCAGCCUCCGUGGCCUCGGGCUCCUACCGGCUUCUCUGCGUUUGGUCUGCUGAUCGUGUUGCCAUAAUGUGUAUGGAAAGUGUAACACAUUCUUACCGGUUAGAGACGACUACCAGGUAUCUAACUUGUUUAACAUUGAGUUUGUGUGUGUGUGUGUAUGUGUAUGUGUUUUGUAUAUUGUUUACAUUUUGAGAGGUAGCAUUCUGUUUCAAAUGCUUUUUGUUUUUCUGACAGUAUUGUUGACUGGGUCACAACAUUUUGAGCUGUGGUUUGGUGGAUUUUCAAUUUUUUUUUUAAAGGUCAUUUGCUGUGCUAUCUUCAAAACCUUGAGUUUGGCCCCCAAUUUUUGGCAUUCAAAUGUUUAAAAGCUAUUUAUCUUGGUUUAUGCAAGUUUCCUUUCUCUUCUUUUUGUCAUGGCAUUCUAUUCGGUCUGCAGUUUGAAUGUAGAGAAAGUGGACUGAUCCCCCAAGCAUUGUCUGCCCCCACUCUUUCCUCCUUGGGUCCCACCAUUCUUUUACUGGGCAGUCGAAGGCAUCGGAGUGGAAGUGACUACCCUCAGCCUCACUCCCUGGGGCCAUGAAGAAAAGCUAAACAGUCUCAUGGCAUCUCAGAAUAAUGUUGGGUCUCCCAAGAAGAAAGGUGUUAAGAAUAAGGACAUGGCUGAUUAGGCGAGGCCAGGAUAGGGCUAAGGCCAGGAUUCCUGGCUGGCAUCCAGUCACGUCACCCCUUCUCCCAUCCUUCCCCCUCUUUUUCCACAAAUCCGCAGCCGAGACACUGUAGUCUCCCAGCCACAGUGAUGAGUGCCCUGGAGACUCCACUGACCUCUAGAUGAAGGCCCCUGGCCCUGGUUCCUGUUAAUUAACCACUGGGUCUUUUUGUCCCCCAGCACAAACUCCUUUCCUGUACCCUGUGGCUUGGGGGUCACAGGGCAUGCCGGGAAGCCACAGCUGAGGGGCGCAGACUGAAGCAGUGCUCCACCUCUCCUUUCUCUAGCUCAGGGGUUGCUGGUCUGUGGCAGGCGCCACGAGUGGCCCCUGUGGCUGUUCUCAGUGGCAGUCUCUUAAGUUCCCACCACAGGCAGCUCUUUAUCCCCUCUCCCUACUUCACUCUUUCUCUUGCCUGUGCUUUUGGCCUCAAACAGGCCUGCUGGUAGCGCUCAGGGCAUGAGGCUACGCUCCUGCCCUGCCUUUCCUGUCUUCGUGGUCUGCCAGGGCAUACCUUGGGGAGGUGGACCAAAGACCCAAGACUUUGCUCAGUAGCCAGUCCUACCCCCCAGUUGUCUUUUUACCAGUUCAGGGUGGGAGAGAAAACUGCAGCACCCCAGCAUGUGAGUUACUCAGGUGUUGGGGGCUGGAAGGGACAGUGCAUUUAAACAACACUCAGAGCUCUGGCCUUAAACCUGUGGCCCCCCAAGUCUAGGAGCCUCAUCUCUUUCUGGCAGUCGUGCGGGCAGGAGGUCCUGAAAGGGAAAACCCAUUUCAGACAACUGUUCCCCAAUCUACCAGCCAUCUGCAGGGGGCAGUGACGUGGCCCUCUCCCUCCUCUAGAAUGUGCCACUUAUGAAGAGUGCCCCAUGGGGAAAAGGAGACUCAGCUGUCCCUUGGCAGCUUGUGCCAGUAUCCCAGGGCAGAAGUUUCCACAGGAGCCUCUUGCCCUUGCGCAGAGCCGCUGUGUGAGGCGGUGGAAGCCAACACCCUUGGGGGAGGGGGCAGUACUGCUCGGCACACCCCAGCAUCAGGUCAGAUCAUUGAAAUUAAAAAAUGUGAAUGAAGUUCAUAUCCACCUUUUGGGGAAGCCCGACAAACCACCACCCCACCAAGUGUGUGACUUCUCCAUAUCCCACUGCAGUUUCCAUUUUUUAAAUAGGAAUUUUCAAUCCCCUGUGCUUGUCUAACGUCUGCUUUAAACAGUUUGAGACCCUGUUACUGUUUGAAAAUGCAUGCAUGUUACGAUGAAUCUCCAACCUGAGGAAAAAAAUAAAACUCAAAAAGCUUUCUGUA